UUCAACGCUGCAACUCAUGACUCAGACGCUUUCACUAGGGUCAGCAUGUAACAUGUAAAAAGAUGGACUUCAGUUUGUUGAGUGGCAACGACUUUUUUUAUUGAAAGAACGUCAUCAUUUGAAGUUAUAACAAGAAAAACCAUAAUAGACUAUCGCUCUCCAGUGUAGUUUCAGCUGUUGUGCGUUCAGGCACGCAGCUAUCGUUGGCGACGUGUUCUAAGUAUAGUUAAGAUUUUUAACAGUGUCAGGUGAAAAAGCUGAAAUACUUUCAAAUACACAGUUCAGUGUACAUUAAAACGUGCUUGAUGCAUUAUACAGAUAUAGAAGAUUGACAAUAUUUUAUUGACUCUUUGAAAAAAAUCGACGAUACAAGAAUUUUAAGAAUUGCACGGGAGAACUGACUUUUUGUUACGCUGUUGCUUAUAUUGGAUUCCAGAGUAUCAUCAUCAUGUCAGUGCAUUACAAGUUCAAAUCCACUUUAGACUAUUAUACCGUCUCUUUUGAUGGAUUGUACAUAUCUGUAGCUGAUCUUAAAAAAAACAUUCUUCAGCAGCAGAAAAUUGGCAAGAAAGCGGAUUUCGAACUGCUUAUAACAGAUGCCCAAACAAAAGAAGGAUAUCAUGAUGAUUCAACUUUGAUUCCAAAAAAUAGUAGUCUCGUUGUAUCCAGAGUACCGCUCACUGUUGCUCAAAAAAGAAUUAGAGAUCGCACAGAAUUAUCUGUUACACAUAAUAUAAAUGAUCAAACUGAAGUUGGAAAAUCAGUUGACCUAACAAAGUUAGAAGGCUCAGAGUUAGACAAAAUAAACUUAAUGAUGAGUCAGAGUACGCAAGAAUACCAAACUUCUAAUUGGGUAAAAAUUCGAGGUUCAAGUCAAACUGGAGAAGUGCCACCGAAUUAUCGUUGUCAUAAGUGUCACCGACAUGGGCAUUGGAUCAAAGACUGUCCAAUUUCAAAUGAAGUCACGGAAAUUAAAAAAAGCACUGGAAUACCCAGAAGUUUUAUGGUACCAGUAGAAGGCCCUUCUGUACCAGGUGCAAUGAUGACUCCUGGUGGAACAUAUGCUGUACCUGCAAUAGAUCAUCAAGCAUAUAAGGAAGGUAAAAAAGAAAGACCACCAUUCACUGGAGAUCCACAAACAGAUGUGGAGCAAACGGAAAUCCCUAAAGACAUGAUUUGUCCUAUUUGUAAAGAUAUUCUUACUGAUGCUGUUAUGAUUCCUUGUUGUGGAAAGCCAUUCUGUGAUGAGUGUAUUCGCACUUAUUUAUUGGAAUCUGAAGACCACCAAUGCCCUGACUGUGAGGAAAAAGAUGUUUCCCCAGAAAACAUGAUACCUAGCCGAUAUCUAAGAAAUGCUGUUUCUCGUUUUAAAAAUGAGACCGGUUAUAAAAGGUUGCUAAAAAGAUCGAUUGAAGAAGCUGCUCAACGAACAGUUCCAGAAAUCGUUACUGAAAAAAUCUCUGAAUCAUCACCACCAGCCAAUGCUGAACCUAAUUCAAUUGAAGAAUCUCCAGUUCAUGACAAAAAACCAUCAUUAGAAGAAAAUGAUGUUUCAGAUGAAAAAUCAGCAAGUGAAGAAGUAACCAAUGAAGUUGUCAAACUCCAAUCUGAAGGCGAUGGAUUGGAUGAAAUUCCACCACCCCCUGGUACAGAACCUGCGUUGUUACCUAAAAGAAAUUCUGAUCAGAGCUGGAGAGACUCUGGUAGUGAUACAGUCUAUGAUGAUGAGCAAACUAAUCAGUAUGAAAGCGAAAAAAAACGAAGUUAUGCUAGUAACAAUGCAGUUAGUAGCCGUAACUCUACGCAAGCGAUGAAUGCACGACAUGUUACAUCACCAGUGCACAAUCAUACUCAUUCUACGGAUUAUAGUGCACAAGACAAAAGUUAUUUACCCCCAAUGAAUGCGGAUAAUCGUUAUCAUGCUCCACCACCAAUGCCUUACGAUGGACGUCGCUCAACUGAGGACCGUGCCGGUACGCCAACUGUUGAUGAACCUCAUCUUCAUCCACAACAGCAACCAAUGUAUCCACCUGGAGACGAACGUGUAACUUUGUCACAUCCUUACCCAGCAACAGUACCUACUGGUCCACCGAUGAUGCCGGAUCCGUACAUGGUGCCACCAGCCGCCCGAAUGAUGUAUCCACCACAACCAGGAUAUGGUCCACCACCGCCACCACCACCUCAACGCUAUGAUAAUCGUGCACCGAUGUAUCCACAAGGACCGCCACCUGUCGGUUAUAGACAUCCACCACCUCCAAGACAUUAUGCUCCACGACCCAUGAGAGGAAGUUAUAGAGCUAUGAGUCACAUGCCUCCAGGUAUGGGUCGCCCAAUACACAACGGCACAACAUCGAGUGACCCCUUGUUCGAAGCUUUUAUGCGUAAUAUAAGGGAGAAAGAUGAGCGAGACCGACGUUUGGGUAAGCACCGAGUAGCUCGACGAAGCAGAUCUCCAUCUCGAAGUUAUUCAAGAUCCAGAUCACGUUCUCGCACUCCUCGACGUAGACUUUCUUCACCACUUGGUAGAGCCGCUUCCAGAUCGCGCUCACCACCACCUAAAAGAAGAAUUGCAUCAAGAUCGCCUCCACCAAGCAAACGUGUCAGGAGCCGUACUCCCAAAAAACGGCGAUCUCGCAGUGGUUCUUUCCGUAUAAGUCGAUCACGCUCGUACUCUCGCAGUUUAUCACCUAGAGGCUCUCUCUCACGUGAGAGAGAUCGUAAAGGCAAACGACCGCGCGACACGGUGGCUCCGUACAGAUCGCCCAUUCGAUCACCACCGAGAUAUCAUAAAGAGAGAGAUCGCACUCGUCAACGUUCGCCUUUUGGAACAGGCUCUACCAAUGCAAAUAUCACUGCAAGUGGCAGCACAUAUUAUGAUCCGAACACUGUCGUACCAAGCGCUCUCGAUCAUUUCGUCGCACGAAACGACGUUCGAACAGCACCACAAACUGGUUCUCAUCGAUACAUCGCAACUCCUGCUAUUCGAACAACUCCGGCUGCAGCCGUUGUCCCGAUUGCACCAGCUCCGAUGCCAACUCAACUUUUACCUCCGCCUCCGAAUUUAAUAGUGGCCGCCGCCGGACCUCAAGUUCCUGUACAACAGAUUGCUGUAACGACCCCGGUUCUACCGGGAGUAAUAGUUCCUCCGACGGCCGCUGCAACCACGACGGACAAGAGUAUAUACGAUUCUUAUAACAGGUAUCCUCGCUCAAACCAUUACGCCAAACGUUUCGACGAUGUUGCGCCACCAGGAACCGAGGGAUAUUACGACUUGCCACCACCCGGCAUCGAGCAAAGCACCGCUUCGAAGAGGUCCAGCCCCAAGGAGCGCGAAGUUGAUAGAUUCCGAGAUGAUCGUAGCCGUGAUCGUGAGCGAGAUCGAGAACGCGAUCGCCGACGCAGCGAUGAAAAAUAUAAAGUUCGCGAGCGAGAGCACGAUCGUGAUCAUCACCACAGGCGGCGUUCGCCCGAACGGAAACGGAAACGAAGCUCCAGCCCUCGCUACGACGAAAAACCCGAGAAAAAGGAGAAGAAAGAUAAGAAGGACAGAAAGGACAAAAAGAAAAGCGAAGAUAAGGAUAAGAAAAAGAAAAAGAAGAAGGAGAAGAAAGCGGCUGCUGCCGCGGCUGCUCAGAAGGAGGCUACACAGGCCGUAGCCGCUAUAACUGCCGCUGCUCUCUUGAAUACAAAACCUAUCAGAGUAAAGAAGGAGCCAAUCGAGCCAACCGUGGUCAUCAAGCUCUCGGACCCGAAUAAACCCUCGGGCCCAGCGACUCAUGUUCAGCGUCUGCCCAAACAGCCGGUUGUCGUAAAGCAGGAACCGAUCGACGAGCCAUUAAAAAAAUCGGUCAAGGACGCUCCGAAGUCUUUGGCUGAAACCUUGCCAGAGUCUUUGCUACCGAUGCAAAUCCCAGUUGCGACCAAAGCGCUGUCGUUGGCGGAAACAUUGCCAGAGUCACUGCUGCCCAUGCAAAUUCCUCCAGCAACCAAGCCGCUAUCGUUGGCGGAAACUCUACCGGAGUCACUUUUGCCGAUGCAGAUUCCUGCGGAUAAACCCGCGAUGUUCGAUGAGCCAUCCCGUCAAACAUCUCCCACGCCACCGAGAACUGCUAAAUCACCGACGCCUGUGAAAGAAGCUCAAAUCGAGCUGGUUGAACCAGUUACCAAGAUCGAGCCUUUAUCUCCGAAACAAAACGAAGCCGCGCCGAAUCCAGAUUCUUCGUCGUGUAAUCAAAACUACGACGAAGAUGAUAAGUAUUGCCUGCAGCUCAACGCUUCGACCGAGAAUCUUUACGAUGGUCUUGUGACCGAUUCCGAAAUCAGUACGACGAGCGAUAUGAAGAAAAAAGAUGAUGACGCAAACGAAGAGGGUGAAAUUGUUGAGAGCGAGCGGGACGAGACUGAGAAAAGAGACGAAUUCCUUGCACCAUUGCCGGAAUUAUCAAAGUGGGAAAGGGACGAGACCGAGAAACCUGACGAAGUUGUUGAGACUACCGAAAUCGGAGAAAUGACAACCGAAGAAAACGGCAAGGACAAAGUUACCACGGAGGUACUCAAACGAGCAGAGAACGCCAUAUUCCAGAAAGCCAUCAACUCCAUCAGGCCUAUUGAAAUUAAAAAAAUUAGCGAUAGCCGGAAAGUUCUUUACCAGAAUCCCGAGCCAAAGGUUUUGGAUUCCGAAAAUGAACGCAAAAGCGUUAACGUAACGAUUACAGUUGCUAAAAAUGAACGCAAUGUGGAAUUAUCAACUCCAGAUCCGUUGCUCAAAAAGAUUUCCAAAACUGAAAGAGUUAAAAGUUCCAAAGCCACGUCGCAGCUGUCACCGUCGCGUGUUUCUAUCAAAGAACGUCUUGGUGAAAAAGUCGAGGAAGAAUCCAAGCAGGCAGCGGUGAAACAUGUCGUCCUAGAAAGGACCAGAGAAUCCAUUAAAUCUGAGAGGUCCAAAUCGCCAAGGAUGCGCAGCAAAGAAGGUCGCGUCUCUGAUACGACAGUCAUGAGUAAUCCCGAAAGGAAAGUUUUUGUCGAAGAUAGAAAACGGAAAACUGAACGCCCCAACAGAAACCGCGUCGUCUUGAAGCCAGACUCAGGCAAAGUCGUAAAAUCCGACAGAAUUGGACGCACGCCUCCUCUUCUUAUUAAAGUGACUAAAAACGACGAAGACUCAAGUAAAGAGUCUAAAAAAGACAAAAAAGUCCGAGAUGACAAAAAGCGUAGUAGAAAGGAAUCCCGUCGUAGUCGCAGUAGGUCCCGAGAUAGAAAAAAGCGCAAAGAAAAGAAAAGUAAAAAAGACCGGUCAUCGUCAAAACGGUCGGGUAAGGAUAAGGAAUCGAUUAAGGACAGCGACGAUGAAAAAGACGGCGCAUCUAGCUCUGUCAACAAGCGAGAUAGUAGCCAAAAAAAGCUUACUUCCAGAACAGUCAGCGUUCGAAGAAGAAGUUUUAUCGAAGAAGCGCACUUCGAGCCCAACUACUCCGCUAGUAGUUCUGAAGACGAAACAAGCUCGAGUGAAUCAGUUUACUCUGAUUCGGAAAGUUCAGUCGAGUCUCACAAAAAGAGAAAAAGGAAGCAUAAGAAGCGGAAAAAGGUAAAAGCUAGACACUCUUCAGAAAGUGAUGAAUACAGUGAUUCUUCUGAAUCGAGUUCCGAAGAAGAAAAGCAUAAAAAGAAAAAGAAAAGUAAAAGUUCGAAGAGCAGGAAAUCGAAUAAGAAGAAGAGAUCGAAGCAUAAGUGAUUUUUAAAUGUUUAAUUGAUAACAUUUUUGUUUUUGAAAAGAAAAAAGGGAAGUUAAAUUAAUUAAUGAUAAAUUACGUGAGAAUGUUUACUUUAAAAACGUUAAAAUUCACAACUACAAAGGAGUAUCGAAUUAGAUUUUUCAAUUGUAAAUUAUGAUAAUUUAAUGAUCCGCUAAGUUCUCUGCGAUAAUUUUCUUAUAGACUUCCGAGUAAUCAAAUAUCAAUAAGAUAAAUGUUUGAAUGUGAUCAUGUACAAACUUGAAUUUCAAAACGGUGAAAUGAAUGAACUAUAAUAUUACAUAUGAUUAAAUGAAUUAUAUCAUAAUUAUAAUAAUUAUAAAUAUUAAUUUAGAGGUAAAGUUCAAUCAGUCAUAAUUGUAACGAAGUAUCUAUUGAGGGAAAAAUUUUCGUUUAAAUUUUUCGUAAAAAAAAUACGAAUAUUCUGAAUUUUAUUAACAAA